GAGGACAUUAAGACACAAACUGAAGGGACAUACAAUUUGGUGAGUCUUUAAUUUAAAAACAAUUUGGAAAAAAGAGAAAAUGGCGGAGAAGUUUGUUCUUGUUGAAAGUUACCUGAGCUGCCAUGUGUGUUCAGAGACUUUCAGAGAUCCUGUGUCUCUGAGCUGCAACCACAGCUUCUGUUCAAGCUGCCUGCAGAAAUUCUGGGAACAAGCUAAAAACAAAAACUGUCCCAUUUGUAAAAGAAAAUCCUCAAAAGAAGAUCCAGGAGUGAACUUUACACUGAAGGAACUGGCUGACUCCUUUGCUGGGAGACAGAAAGCUGGAUCAUCUGAGACAGAAAAAGGAGAGAAGAAGGAGGAGGUGGUGUGUAGUAAACAUCAAGAGGAGCCUAGAUUGUUCUGUAAGGAUGAAGAUAGAGCUGUGUGUCCUGUCUGUGAGUUUUCUCUCCACCAGAGUCACAAGGUGGUUCCUAUAGAACAAGCAGUCAGUGAGCUGAAGGACCAGCUGAAAUCUGACUUAAAGUCUCUGCAGGACAAGAGGGACAAAUACAAACAAGUGGAGGAAACAUACAAUGAAGUGAUUCAACACUCCAAGAAGCAGCUGUUGUCCACAGAGAGGCAG